CUUAUUAACACUCAAAAUGUUGACACGGUUUACCGUUAUAUUAGCAGCGCUUUUGGGCGCCGUUGCUUGCUAUCCAGAAGGGCGCGUGGUCAAUGGCACUGAUUCCGAUGUAGGAAAAUUUCCCUUCAUUGUCUCCUUGCGCGGCUCGACGGGCUCACAUUCGUGCGGUUCAAGCAUUAUUGCACCCCGUUGGAUCCUCACGGCUGCGCAUUGUGUCUCCGGCGCGUCGACUAGUAGAAUUAGCUUACAAUACGCCUCGACGGAAACGGAUCCAAAUAGUACCAAUGUGGCGAAAGUGAAGCGCAUUAUAAUACACGAGUAUUACAGACCGGCAGACUCAUACGCCAAUGAUAUUGCACUGUUGGAAUUGUUUGGUCAGUUGGUAUAUAAUUACAAGACCAUUGCGCCGGUUACUUUACCCGAACCGAAUUUCGAGAUACCACAAGUGUCAGAGGGUGCGCCCGGUGUGUUGGCUGGUUGGGGCCGUAAUGAGACUGGCGGUCCAGUUCAGAAGGUACUACAGGAGGUCAAUUUGAAAAUCUACUCGGAUGAAGAGUGCACUAGUCGCCAUGAAGGACGUACAACAACCGAUCAUCUUUGCGGUGGCGUAGACGAGGGCGGCAAAGGACAAUGUAAUGGCGAUUCAGGCGGUCCUUUGCUCUACCAGGGGAGCAUUCAAUUGGGUAUUGUGUCGUGGAGUAUUAAACCUUGUGCCAUUUAUCCAUAUCCAGGCGUAUAUACAAAAGUUUCGCACUACGUCAACUGGAUCCGUCAAAAUGUAGAUUCCGUAAUUUAAAUAAAGUGAACGAAUUUAUUACCUUUUUCUCUGCUGGA